UACGUCAUUAAGAUGGACAACAAUAAAUAUAUAGUAAAGACCAUAAUUCAUGCUGGAACAAAAGUAAUCAAUUUUGUAACCGGUACAAAAGUUGUGUUUCAUUAUAAAACAACAAAAUGUGAUCCAGAGAAAACCAUCAUUGAUGACAGUAAAGUUAUUGGAAGGCCGAUGGAACUUAUUUUAGGCAAAAAGUUUAAGCUAGAAGUAUGGGAAGUUAUUGUACAAAAGAUGGCAUUAAAUGAAGUGGCUUGCUUUAGAGUUGAUAAGAGCCUAGUCACAACAUAUCCUUUUGUGUCUAAAACAUUGAGGGAAGUUGGCAAGCCACAAUCAGAAAAACGUACACAUCACUGUUGUGGUGUAACCUUACAAAAUGAAGGAAUUGGGUAUGAUGAUUUAAAUGAACUUAUCAGAUAUCCUCAAGAUUUAGAGUUCACAAUUGAACUUGUGAAUGUAAUAUUACCAGAAGAAUAUGAAAAAGAAUCAUGGCAAAUGACUGAAGAUGAGAAACUGAAAAGUAUCCCAGAAAUAAAAGAGAAAGGGAAUGCAUUAUUUAAUGAGAAAAAUUAUGAAGAUGCUUGCAACGUGUAUGCGAAAGGAAUUGGAAUGUUAGAACAACUUAUGCUUGCUGAAAAACCCAAUGAAAAUGAAUGGUUGGCACUAAAUAGAUUGAAAAUUCCACUGCUUUUAAACUAUGCACAAUGUAAAUUGAUCCAGAAAGAUUAUUAUGCAGUUAUAGAACACUGUACUACCAUCCUUAAACAUGAUCCAGAUAACGUCAAAGCCUUAUAUAGGAGAGGCAAAGCUUAUAUAGGCGCUUGGGAUGAAGAAAAAGCUACUGUAGACUUAAAAAGAGCUAUUGAAUUGAAUCCUGCAUUGCAAAAAGUAGUUGAACAAGAACUGCAAAUAUUUACAGCAGCUCUCAAGCAAAAGAAUUUACUGGAAAGAAAAAAGUUAUCAGCAUUAUUCAAAUGA